AUGUCCUUAGCAGAAGAACUUUUAGCAGACUUGGAUGACGCAGAAACAGCGGAAGAACACAUUGCAGAUGGCGCUGACGACGAACUGGAAGAUGUGAGCAUGACUCUUGGCACCGAUGGCUCCUUCGUGCUUCCUGUCGAUGAUAAGCCGACGAGUUCGGUCAAGUCCAUGACGUUUUCAAGUGCACCAAUCACUGCGUUUGCCAAACUCCGUCAUUCCGAGAAGGUUCGUUUCUAA